UAGGCAUGCUGAGAUGUUAGAUAUUUCUACUUGUUCCCAAAUGAAGAAAGAUAUCCUGUACAAAAAAGCCCACACUGCAUUUGCCAGCCAAGAAGGAAGAAGUGCCUACUAUCCUCUUAUCCAGCCAUAUCUAGUGGGAGCUUCUGUUGAGGAGCUGAAAAAGCUGGCUAGAUCUCAGGUUGCUAUGGAUAUUGAUACAUUUAUUAAUUUAAAUCCAGAAGAACUAAAGAAACUCAGUGUCCAGGAUGUGAAAGAUCUGCUUGGUGUUAAUUUACCUCACUUGAAAGAAGUUGAAAAUCAUCCUUCUGUUGCCAUGUGGAUCAAGAACCACUUUCAGUCUGAACUGGAUACCCUUGGGAUUGGUCUGAUGGGAGGGGCAGCAUCUCUGUCCUCCACUUCUAUGGGCAGCACUGUGUCAAGUAUGUCUGUUGGUACAAACUCUAACAAUGCCGUAACUACCAACUCCCCUGUUAUCCCUAUCAUGGAAUCCACCUUCUCUAGUCCAGGCAACAUCCAUAUUACUACCACCUCCUCAGAUUUGAACCCAUUCAUUUUCAGAGAUGUUACUGAGUUCCAUUCAACUCCCAUCUUCAAAAUCGCUGUUACAACUAAUGAAAUGUCUUACUCCAUUGACAACACCCAAACAACUGCUUCUGCUAAAGAUUCUAAAGAUGCUUUCCCCAUCAAUGUGUCUUCCAAUGUUACAGCUGUUCCAGAUAAUACCAUGGCUAGGACAAUUGUCCCUACAACUGCAAGAAAUACAGCUGUCUCCACUGAAAUUACAAUAGAUUCCAAGAGCACCACAACCAACAGAACAAAUUUUCCUGUGAGUGGAACCCCAGUCCCUUUCACUGCAAGAAGGAUCAAUACAACCACCUCUAAGGAACUUACAACAGAUUCUAACAAUAUCACAGCUAAUAGCACAACCACUCCUUCCAUCACCAUAAAGUCCUCUAUUUCAGUCCCCACCGAAGUUGUGGUUCCCUCAUUGAACAUCACUGCUACUUUAAAUGAAACUGGUGACAUUCUAGUCCCUACCAUCUCUACCACUUCCAGGAUUGUUGUCAACGGAACAACCUACAGAACAGUUGCCACAGAUUUCAAUAGCAGCACAGCCAGUAGAACAGUUCUUCCUUCUAUAUCAACAGACUCCACCACUGUUGUCCCCACCACUUCCCUAAAUGUCACAGCUAUUUCGGAUGGAGCAUUAUUCCCCAGCACUGCAAGAGAUUUCAGCACAACCAUCUCCAGUAAACCUGUAACAGAUUCCAACAACACCACAGUCAGUGCCCCAGUUCUGACUACCGUCACCUUAGAUUCCACCACUGCUGUUACCACCAAAACCAGAGCUGUCUCUUUUAAUGUUUCAGCAACUUUGAAUGAUACCAUCAGUGAAAUGCCGAUCCCUUAUACUGCCAUAGAUGGCAAUGUGAUCCCUUCAGUUGAAACAACAGUAGCUUCUGAUAGCAAUGCCACAAGCAGUCACACAGCAUUUCCUAGCACUGCCACAGACAGGGAUGUGACUGCUGGUGUCAGUGUAACUAUUUCUCACUCACCCACCAUCAGCAUAAACUUCACUGUUGGUGCAGAUACAACCACACGCAGAACUUAUCUUCUAUCUCCUGUCAUGCCCAAUAUAACCAGAACAUCUUCUGAACAGCACUCCACACCACCUAAGCAUGUGCCAACUGCCACAAAUCCAGCAUCAGUCAGCAAAAAGCCCAUAAAAAUUACAGACAAACCGCCAACAGCAUCACACAAAACUACCUUCCAUUCCCAAGAAACAGCCCACAAGACAGCUGUUCCUCCACGGUCCUCCCCAAAUCAAACAGCAACAAAGGCUGCUGCAUCUGCACAGAGCAGCAGCAGCAAAGCACCUCCACGAAGAAAGCCGCCAUCCUAUCCAACACCAAAUGGCUACAUUAACGUUAAGCCACUAAGUGCAUCAGCUUCAAACACAUUCAGCUGGACAUUUUUGGCAUUGUCUCUCACCAUUGAAAUCUCAAUUCAGAAGUUUCUCUGAAAAUAUUGUUUCCUCCCACCCUAACAAUCAUUGGUGAUGGCAUCCAUAAUAGUUUCAAAGUUCUACUACAAAUGCCAUGUUGACCUUUUGGAAAGAUAUCAAUCCUAAAUGGACUAUGGUAUGUGUCAAACUUUAUGUAGAAAGUCAUUGCGCCAUCAUUGCUUGAAGAUGAAUCUGCAUUUAUUGUUCCCCUUCUUAUGCCCUAAUUGACCAUAUUAGUUGAUCCUAUCACAAUCAUAUUUCCAAUGCAUGGAGAUGCUCCCUUCCAACUGGAGUUUUUCUGUUCUGAAUGGAAGCAGGUCUGAUGAGCUACUUGAAACAGAUUUCUUUUGGGAUCUGCGUUGGCACCUGGAGUUUCAGCAUCAUCAUUAUCACUGUUUGAUUCCCAGCAAAGAGAAGAAAAGGAGUCGACCAGCUCAGACUGAUUUUCUAAAAGCACCAACUGGCUGUCCCCUGGGUUGAAGUCUGGGUUAGAUAAUUACUUCCAAAGAUCUGAGCAGAUACACAUCUCUUCAAGUCACUUCUGAACACCUAGUCCAGUAUUGGCUCUGAAGCUGUUUGUCUUCAUUGUCUCUUGUAUAUACACUUCUAGUUUCUCCA